CGUCGACUUUGGAAAUGCAAUAAAUGUGACAGGUCUGGGUACGCAUGGCUGGUGGUCAAUAGAUCCGAGCACACAGGGAUCAAACGUUUGGGUGAUUCGUGGCUAUGGCUGGAAGAAUAGAUCAACAUUGAAAGAAUAUGCAAACGAAAGAGAACUGAAGAAAAGAAAUCCAACGCGUUCAAUAAAAAAUAUUGCAGGUAAAAUCAACGUCCAAAAUUGUUUGCUAUACUGCCUGAUCCUGACUACCUAUUGUCCUUAUAUAAAUGGUGUUCUUAUUUUUAAUAAAAGGAGUUACAUGUGGCGGAACUGGACACGCGAUCUACAAAGGUCAUUUAUAUUGCAACCGAGCUAACACAAACAAAAUAGUGAAGAUCGACAUAAUCACUGAAACCAUUGUCCAAGAGACAGUCCUCCAAGAUGCCAGUUCCGAAGAUGACUAUGCAUACGACUGGGGCGGUUUAUCUAACAUUGAUUUCGCCCUUGAUGACAACGAUGUCAUGUAUGUCAUAUACGGAUCUUUUAGUAGAGCUGGAAUUAUGGCAGUGAGCAAACUUGAUAUGGACUCUCUUAGUAUCCUACAAACAUGGUAUACGUCAAUUAAUAAGAAUAAGGUUGGAAAUGCAUUCAUAGUAAAAGGAGUGCUUUAUAUGUUAAACAGCCACAGCAAACCAACUUAUAUAUCUUACUUUGAUACAAAUACCAAUGGAAACACAACUCUGAGAGUGACUGAUAUUCCAUAUAACGGACCAAGCAAUGGUUAUCUUACUCAACUUGCUUAUAUGCCAGGGACAGGCUUGCUAUAUGUUUGGGACAACGGCCUUCUACAGAAGGUGCCACUUAGGUUCAACAGUUCGGGAAAAGCAUCUA